AUGAACUGUAGGAGAAGGUCAGCCGCUUUUUUCCCCCCACUUUCCCUCUCCUUCUUCCCAUCACUAACAUCUUCUCUCUUCUUUUCAGGGACAUACGGGGUCGUCUACAAAGCACGCGACACCAGCAACAAUCAGAUCGUCGCUCUGAAGAAGAUCAGGCUCGAAGCAGAAGACGAGGGCGUGCCGAGCACCGCUAUUCGAGAGAUCAGUUUGCUCAAGGAAUUGAAGGAUGAUAACAUCGUCAAACUGCUCGACAUCGUCCACGCCGACCAGAAGCUGUACCUCGUGUUCGAGUUCUUGGAUGUCGACCUCAAGCGCUACAUCGAGACUGGAAACCAUAAUCGUACGCCUAUUACUCUUCAAAUUGUCAAGAAAUUUACUCACCAGCUUACUAUGGGUCUUCUUUAUUGCCAUUCACAUCGCAUUCUCCACAGGGACUUGAAACCGCAGAAUCUGCUCAUUGACAAACGUGAUAACCUAAAACUCGCCGACUUUGGUCUUGCUCGCGCCUUUGGAAUACCUAUGCGGACUUAUACCCAUGAAGUCGUCACCCUCUGGUAUCGUGCACCAGAAGUCCUUCUUGGCGCCCGUCACUAUUCCACGGGUAUCGAUAUGUGGUCGGUCGGGUGUAUAUUCGCUGAAAUGGCGAUGCAAGGGCAGCCUCUAUUCCCAGGUGACUCUGAGAUUGAUCAGAUCUUCAAGAUUUUCAGGCAAGAGCGCUCCCUUCCCCCUCCCAGCCUCGAACUGUGGCCCGGCGUUAGCGGUCUUCCGGACUAUAAACCCACCUUCCCACAGUGGUCAAAACAAGAUAUGGUUAGGAUUGUGACAACGUUGGAUGAGGCUGGCCUUGAUAUGCUCAGGCGCACUCUGACGUAUGACUCGGCAAAACGUAUUUCUGCAAAACGCGCGCUCCUACACCCAUAUUUUGCGGACUACAAGCCUUGA